ACAAUAAGGGGUGGGACAACACUGUAUACUAUUUAAAAAAAAAUCUGUAAUCUUGACUUUGGAUCAGGAACACAGACAACAACAAAGAAGUUCUUUUUUCUUUUCUUUUUCUUUUUUUUACUUAGCGGGACAGAACUUGCAGGGAGCCGUCACUUGGUCCAAACCGACGACGAUGGUUCGUGUUGUCGGUUUAUCAGCGCAGAUUUGGACCGAGAUGAGAUAGGUUUCACAGCUCGCUGCUAGUCGUCCUGCCAGGACACAUCUGCCAGUUCCUCUCUGUUCUUCACUUCUUCCAUUUCCUUUUUACACAUAUUUUUCCUUAGAACUCACUUAUAGUGAAGCGGUUUUCUCUUUAACUCUUUGACCAAAGUGGAAAAAACUGCGGACGACGUUUUCCCACAAAGCGGAGGGCUGGCCGUCACCGAAGCAGAAAAGGAUGUGAGCUCUCCCUGGUUGAAACAUCUGCAGUUGAGCUGUUCAAACGAAACGUAGAAGUAUUUACCCAAUUUUCGGAAUGGAGUCGGUUGUAUUUUAAACUCGUCUUCUAGCUGCUUUUAAUUCAAGUACGUUUUGCCACGGAGGGAAGCUUCGAGCUUACUUUGAUAUGGGAGACGUGCGGCGUUUGGAUCUGUUAAGUUAAAAGGAGAGCAGAAAACAGAGAUGGGAAGCUCUGCUCUGCUCACAGCUGUGGUAGUUGGAGCAUUUCUAUGGAUCGCUGCCAUCCAUGCAGGCACUGAAGAUGAUGGGAGGCUGCUGUGUACAUGCGAGAAUGAAAAAGGCACAUGCAUAAAUGCAACUUGCAGAGGAGACAUCUGUUUCUACACCUGGGUGCAAGGCUAUGAAGAGAAAGGCUGUUUCUCCGCGGAUAGCUACAGGGAGCAGUGCUUGACCUCCUUCAAGCGCUUUUUUGUCCACUGCUGCAGAGAGAACUACUGCAACGCCUUGACCACACCACCUCCAAAUAUUAAUGGCGAACCGACAACAACGCCCCCAGAAUUCCCUCGUCCAACAUUGUGGAUCUCUUUGGUUUUGCUGCUGUCAAUCGUGACUGCCAGUGUGUGUGGCCUGGUGCUGUUCCUGCGCUUCCAACGUGCACCCUGCAAACGCAGGAAUGUAGAAGACCAUGAUUCCACCAAGCUCAAGGUCACCAAUGGAGAUGAUCCCUCAUACGGAGGUAUCUUUGAUGAGUUUUGUACAUCAGGGAGUGGGACAGGACUGCCCUAUCUGGUCCAAAGGACCAUGGCCAGACAAAUCUCACUUGUCGAAUGUGUUGGUAAGGGCAGGUAUGGGGAGGUGUGGAGGGGAACUUGGAUGGGGGAAAGUGUGGCUGUCAAGAUCUUCUCCUCUAGGGACGAGCAGUCCUGGUUUAGAGAGACAGAGAUUUACAAUACUGUACAGCUGCGACACGACAACAUACUGGGUUUCAUCGCCUCUGACAUGACAUCCAAGAAUUCCAGCACCCAGCUGUGGCUCGUCACUCAUUUUCAUGAGCUGGGUUCACUCUACGACUUCCUGCAGUACAGCAGCUUGGAGCCAGAGAGCUGCCUGAGGAUGUGCCUGUCUGUGGUCUGUGGUCUUGUCCACCUCCACACUGAGAUUGUCAGCUCCCAAGAAAAGCCAGCCAUCGCCCACCGAGACCUGAAAAGCCGAAAUAUCCUGGUAAAGCGGAAUGGACAGUGCUGCAUUGCUGAUCUAGGUUUGGCUGUGAUACACUCUCAGUCCCAUGACUACCUCGAUGUGGGCAACAACCCACGUGUAGGGACCAAACGCUACAUGGCCCCCGAGGUGCUGGAUGAGACUAUUUGUAUGGAUGUCUUUGAGUCUUACAAGCAAACUGAUAUCUGGGCCCUGGGCCUGGUCUUCUGGGAAAUUACCCGCAGGACCAUUGUCAAUGGGAUCGUGGAAGAGUAUCGUCCUCCCUUCUUUGACCUGGUGCCCUCAGAUCCCAGCUUUGAGGAGAUGAAGAAAGUGGUGUGUGUGGACCAGCAGAGGCCCAGUCUGCACAACAGGCUCCAUUCCCACCCAAUCCUGUCAGCCACUGCGAGGAUCAUGAAGGAGUGUUGGUACCAGAAGCCACAAGCCCGCCUCACAGCCCUGCGUGUGAGGAAGACGCUCUCCAAACUGGACCAUGACAGUGACUUCAGCAUUGAGAAACUCAAGCAAGAUGUCUAGACCAAGAUGUUUUUUUUGUGUAGCCUAAUUUUCAACAGGCAGAUUUGUGGUGCCUCAAACCAAGAGGCCCCAAAAAGAAAACUAUUAGGACCAAAAAUUUUUGGUAGGUAUUUUUCUUUUUGUCAUGUUCAGAUAAUAAAAGUUUGGAUCUGCCACUUUCACAGAGGAAUAAUUAUCACCAAACAGUUCAUGGGCUAUUUUCUACCCUCACAGGGUUUUAUUCACUUUUGUCUAAAUUGGCCCACCAUCAUGACACAAUGGAAAAUCUUACAUAGCCCAAUUACUCAUCCUCCUUUAAAGAGGAGGAGCUCUGAUACACAGCAAAAUUGCACACAGGUUUUUCCAUAAUGACCAAAGCCACAGAAAACCACAAACAGCAUGAAGGCCUCAGCCGUCUUUACUAUAAAAUACAAUAUGGAAGUAUCAUCAUGCUCAUACCAAAGCACAUUUCAGUACCUGUUCUGUUAGCAUAUGUAACUUAUAUAUAUAAAAUUAGCAUUUAUUAUCUGCACUUAGACACAUUCAGCUAUUAAGUUGUACAUAUUCUAACAGCAUCGGAACUGUUGUCUUUUAUCACUGUUGGGUUUAUUGUAAAUAUAUUUCGAAAAGGGUAUUAUUUUCUGUUAUUCAACAAUGAGACACGUUUAUAUCCUUUUGUACGACACAACUUUUCCAAUUAUUUUUGUACUUUUCUGUAGGCCCACAUGUACCAUCACCAUCACUAUGGUCAGUAAAGGAAUUCACAAACAGAAUGUAAUAAUGUGUAUGUUGAAUAAAGGAUUGUAUUUUUCA